AUGUGUCCCUGUCCCUCAGACCUGCCCUGUCCCUCAGACCUGCCCUGUCCAUGUCCCUCAGACCUGCCCUGUCCCUCAGACCUGCCCUGUCCCUCAGACCUGCCCUGUCCAUGUCCCUCAGACCUGCCCGGUCCCUCAGACCUGCUGUCCCUGUCCCUCAGACCUGCCCUGUCCCUCAGACCUGCUGUCCCUGUCCCUCAGACCUGCUGUCCCUGUCCCUCAGACCUGCCCUGUCCCUCAGACCUGCUGUACCUGUCCCUCAGACCUGCUGUCCCUGUCCCUCAGACCUGCUGUCCCUGUCCCUCAGACCUGCUGUACCUGUCCCUCAGACCUGCUGUCCCUGUCCCUCAGACCUGCUACCUGCCCUGUCCCUCAGACCUGCUGUACCUGUCCCUCAGACCUGCUGUCCCUGUCCCUCAGACCUGCUGUCCCUGUCCCUCAGACCUGCCCUGUCCCUCAGACCUGCUGUCCCUGUCCCUCAGACCUGCUGUCCCUGUCCCUCAGACCUGCCCUGUCCCUCAGACCCAGUGA